AUGAUUUCUAAGGAAAUUGUCGCGUCAGCAGUGGACAGUGUCUUAAAACACAUCGAUGGCAUCAACUCUAUCAAAGAAGAACAAUUGUCCGCAAUUGAAGCUAUAUGUAACAGGAAAGAUACUGUCGCUUUUUUGCUGACUGGUUUCGGAAAAUCGCUUAUUUUCCAAAUUCUUCCACUUGUCAUCAAAGAACUAGGAUAUGGGGCAUUGACACAAAAGAAUGACGUACGCAGUCCUCGUCGACCGACUGUGACCCCUACAUAUACAGCUUUCUAUAGCCAAGGGCAGUAUCGGAUAACCAGUCUCUGCCUACGUCAGACACGACUGUCACGUGCAUUAGGUAUGUCGCACCAUAGCGCUAGGAUGGCUGCCGAUUUGCCGGUGAAACUGAAGUUGUUGACGCUGAACUGUUGGGCUAUUCCAUUCCUCAGUAAGCUGCGUAAAGAACGAAUCAGACACAUCGGUGAAGAAAUAUCGACACGUGACUAUGACGUCGUGUGUUUACAGGAGGUAUGGUCUUCUAAGGACUUCAAAUCGUUGAAAGAUAUGCUAUCAGAUUGUCUUCCAUACGCGUACCAGUUCCACAGUGGUGUUGUUGGCAGUGCCAUUUGUGUGUUCUCAAAGUCACCAAUCACUGAGAUGUUUUAUCACAAAUACUCGGCGAAUGGUCUCCCACAUUUCUGGCACCCUGGUGAGUGGCUUACUGGGAGCAUGGUGGGUCUCUGUCGAAUUAUACAUCAUGGUAUCAAGAUAAAUAUCUACGUCACUCAUCUUCAUGAGGAGACCAACGCUAUUAAGAAAUACUACUAUGCACACCGUUUAAUACAAGCCUAUGAACUGAGUCAGUUUAUAAAGUUUACGACCAGUGAAAGCAGCGAUGUUAAUGUUUUGAUGGGAGAUUUCAACACAGAGCAGCACGAGGGUGGAUACGAGCUAAUUUGUAAACUUAUAGAAAUGAACGAUUCGUGGAUAACACAACAAAGCAAGGCAAAUGAACAUUCGGCAGGUAUUACGUGUGUGUCGCCUAGCAACCCAUUUACCAUUCCAGAUGAGUUGAAGAUGUGGCCGAAUGGAGCACGUAUUGACUAUAUAUUCUACAACUCAAGUCAAAGAUAUGAUGUAAAAUGUAUUGAAACGAACGUAACCAUGACAAAAGUACCAGGGAAAGAUUAUUCCUAUUCAGACCACGAGGGUGUGGCAACAACACUAGAAAUAAUGCCAACAGAGAAUCAGGAAAAGCAACGGACAUCGAAUUCACAGAAUGAACAAAAUAAAGUACGUGAACACGUUCUACGACAUAUCAGAAGUGAACUGGUAGAGCUGAAAACCAGACGUCUAAAUUGGAUAUUUAGAAUAUUUUUAAUUUUAGGAGUUGUAUUCGCCUUUCUUCUUUUAGACAUUCCUGGUGCAAACAUCGUCAUGUCCAUCGCCAUAGUACCCACAUCCUUUCUUCUGUGGUAUUGCAUUUUUAUGGCAACACUAUGGUGGAAAAGUGAAGAGAAAUCACUCCGCGAAAACUUGAACUUGGUCGAAUUAGAAUUAAUGAAUAAUUGA